CCCUCGAUCCCGGAAUUCCCGUCGGGAUCGCUCCCGGCCCCGCCCCGGCCGCCCUUUGGCCACCUGGAAAAAUUCCCGAAUUUCCGCCGGCGCCGCUCCCUGCUCAGGCUCGGUUCCGGCCAUGGCCGAGCAGCCGCUGGACCACGGCGUCCAGAUCCGCUUCAUCAGCGACCUCCGCGAGCCGCGGCGACCCCCGCGCCCCCCGCGCGGCCGCGGCGGCUCCUACGGCGUGGCCGUGCGGGUCCAGGGCAUCGCCGGGCAGCCCUUCGUGGUCCUCAACAGCGGCGACAAGGGCGGCGACAGCUUCGGCGUGCAGAUCAAAGGGGGACAGCCCCAAAUCCCCCCAAAUCCCCCCAAAUCCCGGCCCCCGGGAGGCCCCGAGGAGGAGGAGGAGGAGGAGGAAGGAGUGGAGAGGGAAUUUUGGGAUGGGGGAAGGCGGGGAGCGCCCAGAUUGUCAGCUGGGGAAAGUGCAGGGGGGUCUCCAGGGGUCGUCAGGUUUUUAGAUGAGGAAGGUCCCCCGGGAUCGCGGGCGCUCCCAAAAUCCUGGGAUGAGGAGCUAAGGAAGGCCCCCAAAUCCCCAGAGCAGGAAAUUCCUGGGGGAUCGCGGGUGGUCCCGAAAUCCUGGGAUGAGGAGCUAAGGAAGGUCCCCAAAUCCCCGGAGCAGGAAAUUCCCGGGGGAUCGCGGGCACCCCCGAAAUCCUGGGAUGAGGAAACAUCGGGUCGAUCUCGGGGCAUCCCAAAGUUCUCGGAUCAGGAGGCGGGAAGAUCCCGAGAUGCCCCAAAAUCCUGGGAGCGGCAGCCGAAAAUCCCCAAAUCCUCGGAGGAGCUGCGCCGAUCCCAAUCCCACGGGGACCUCAGCGCGCCUUCUCCCAAAAACGGGGCAAAAUCGGGAAAAGAGGAUGCGGAAAUGCCCCAAAUUCCCGGCGAUGUGGACACGGAGCCGCUGCGCUCCGUGGAUUCUUUGAUCACCAAAUUCGACGGGAAUUUGCCCCGCGGGCGAGCGGCGCGGAGGUUCCGCGGCCCCGGCGCCGCUCCCAGGAAGCGCUCGCAGAGUCUGGACGCGCGGAAUUCCCGGGAAUCCUCCGCCAUCCCCCCGCAAAUUCCCCAAAUUCCCGCUGGGUUUGGGGGCGUGGAGAAGCAGAGCGUGGAGAUGCAGCUGAAAUCCACCCCGGACCUGCUGCGGGAUCAGCGGGAAUUGGGGGGCAGCGAAAACCUCAGCGAGCUCAUCUACAGCAUCCUAAAAGAGGGCCCCCAUAAAACCCCAUUAAUUCUGAUUUCCCCCAUAAACCCCAUGAAUUGUGAUGUCCCCGUUAACCCUUGGCUGCCCAGGCUGAGCGAGCUGCGAGCCGCCAGGGCGGCGCUGGAGGCGCGGCUGGGCCACCUCGAGGGGCAGCUGCCGGCCACCGACCCCAAAAGUGACCCCGAAACCCAGGGCCUCUACCAGGAGCUGCGGGAAUGCCGGGAGCAGCUGCAGGAGGCUCUGGGCUGGCGGCGGCGCCAGGAGCGCGAGCUGCAGGCGCUCAAGGGGGCCCUGAAGGCCGAGGUGGCCGCGCACGAUUCCCACCUGGAGCAGCUCCGGCGCCAGAUGGAAACGCUCCGGGGGGAAACCGAGCGCGUGUCGGAGGAGAAAUCCAGCCUGGAGCAGGAACGGGAAAAUUUGGGAAUGCAGCUCCGGAAUCUGCGGCGGGAGCUGGAGGAGAGCGCGGAGGAGACGGAGCAGUGGAAGGAAAUGUUCCAGAAAAACAAGGAAGAGCUCCGGAAUUCCAAGCAGGAGCUGCUGCAGGCGGGGCUGGAGAGGGAGGAGUUGGAGGAGGAGCUGCGGGAGCUCCGGGAGCGAUUCCAGGCGGCGCGGGAGGAUCGGGAUCGAGCCCGGAGCGACCCCCAGGAGCUGGAAAACCUCCGGAAGGAGCUGGAGCAGGGCCGGAAGGAUCUGGAAAAGCUCCGGGAGGAGCGGGAUGAGGCUGCCAAGGCCCAGGUUUCCCUGGAAGCGGCGCUGGAGGCGUCGGAGGAGGCGCGGAAAGUUCUGGAAUCGCAGCUGGAGGAAUCCCGGGAACAGCGGGAAAACCAGGAACGGCUCCGGGAGAAAGUGGCUGAACUGGAGGCGGAGCGCGCGGCCUUGGCCGACUCCGUGGGCUCCGGCGCCGAGCGGGAGCGGGAAUUGCGGCGCCGCCGCCGCUCGCUGGAGGAGCAGCUGGAAGGGGCCCAGCGGGAGCUGCGGGAUUUGGGAUCGGAGCUGAGCCGGGAGCGGCGGCGGCGCCAGGAGCUGGGCCAGGAGCUGGAGCAGACGACAGCGGAAUCCCAGAGCUCCCUGACCUUGCUUCAAUCCCAACUGGAAGAAUUCCAAGAAAAAUCCCGGCGGGAACUCGCGGAUUCCCAAAAAAUCGCCCAAGACCGCGAGGCCGAGGCCGAAAAAUUCCAGCAGAACCUCGGGAAGCUCCAGGACGAGGUUUCCCGGCUGAAGGAGACGAUCCAGGAAAACCGGGAAGAGCGGGAUCGGAUCCUGCUGGACAAGGAGCUGCUGCUCCAGAGGCUCCAGGAGCUGGAGCAGGAGCUGGAAAAUCGGAAGCGAUCCCAGGAAGAGCGAGCCCGGAAUUCCAAGGCGUUGGAGGAAAAAUCCAAACGUUUGGAAUUGGAGCUGGACGAGGAGCGGAGCUCGGUGGAGCUGCUGAGCGAGAGGGUGACGCGGAGCCGGGAUCAGAUCGAGCAGCUGCGGGCGGAGCUGCUCCAGGAACGUUCGAGCCGCCAGGACCUGGAAUGUGACAAAUCCUCCCUGGAGCGCCAGAACAGGGAGCUGAAGAACCGGCUGGCCGCUUCCGAGGGGCAGCAGCGACCCGGGAACAGCCGGAAUUCCCAGCUGGAAUCGCAGCUGGAAGAGCUCCGGGAGCAGCUCCAGGCCGAGGAGAGGGAAAAGAGCGUCCUGCUCUCGUCCACGCGGAAGCUGGAGCGGAAAAUCAAGGAAUUGUCGCUGCAGCUGGACGAGGAGAGGCAGAGCAGCAGCAGCCACAGGGACCAGCUGAGCCUGCGGGUGAAGGCUCUGAAGCGCCAGGUGGACGAAUCCGAGGAGGAAAUCGAGCGCUUGGAAAACGCCCGGAAAAAAUCCCAGCGGGAGCUGGAGGAGCAGCAGGAGCUCAACGAGCAGCUCCAGCGGCGCCUGAAAUCCAUGGAAAAGGAGGCCUGGCGCCGUGCCGUGGACUCGGCGCUGCAGGACGAGCGGCUGAGCUCGGAUGAGGAAUUCGGAUCCGCGGCCAUCGCCUCCCUGCUGAGCGAGGCCAAGCUGCAGGCCAGCUCCUGCUGAGAGCCGGGAUCGGGAAUCGGGAAUGCGGGAUCGGGAACCGGGAAUGCGGGAUCGGGAAUCCAGAAUUGGGAAUUGGGAAUUGGAAUUGUAAAUCCAGAAUCGGGAAUCUGGAAUGCAGAAUCAGGAAUUGGGAAUCCGGAAUCCAGAAUCGGGAAUCCGGAAUCAGGAAUUGGGAAUCCGGAAUGCAGAAUUGGGAAUUGGGAAUCCGGAAUCCGGAAUCGGGAAUCCGGAAUGCAGAAUCAGGAAUCGGGAUCCGGGAAUCGGGAAUCCAGGAACCCGGGAAUCCAGGAAUGUGGGAACCCAAGAAUCCCAGAAUCUGGGAAUCCAGGAAUGCGGGAAUCCAGGAAUCUGGGAAUCCGAGAAUGUGGGAAUGUGAGAACCCAGGAAUGUGGGAAUCCGGGAAUCUGGGAAUCCGGGAAACCGGGAACCCGGGAAUCCCAGAAUCUGGGAAUCCAGGAAUGCGGGAAGCCAGGAAUCCGGGAAUCUGGGAACCCAGGAAACCGGGAAGCGGGAAUCUGGGAAUCCGGGAAUCUGGGAAGCCAGGAAUCCAGGAAUGCGGGAAUGCAGGAAUCCGGGAAUCCGGGAAUGCCGGAGUCGUUGUCGAGGCUGGGAUCGGUUCCAGGGUUGGUCCAGGGAUCGUCCCGGGCUCGUCCCUGGGAUCAGCCCCCUCCUGCUGAUUCCCGGGAAUUCCAGAGCUGGGAUUGAGUCCGGGGUCAACUCCGGGAUCAGCCCCGGAAUUCCAGCCACAAUCAGCCCUGGGAUUCCAGCCGGGAUCAAUCCCAGGAUCAACCCCGGAAUUCCGGCCGGGAUCAACCCCGGGAUCAGCCCUGGGAUCAGCCCCGGAAUUCCGGCUGGGAUCAGCCCCGGGAUCAACCCCAGGAUCAGCCCCGGAAUUCCGGCCGGGAUCAGCCCCAGAGUUCCAGCUGGGAUCAACCCUGGGAUCAACCCCAGGAUCAGCUCCGGAAUUCCAGCUGGGAUCAGCCCUGGAAUUCUGGCUGGGAUCAACCCCAGGAUCAACCCUGGGAUCAGCCCCGGGAUCAGCCCCGGAAUUCCGGCCGGGAUUAGCCCCGGAAUUACGGCCGGGAUUAGCCCCAGAAUCAGCCCCGGGAUCAGCCCCGGAAUUCCGGCCGGGAUCAGCCCUGGGAUUCCAGCCGGGAUCUAUCCCAGGAUCAGCCCCGGGAUCAGCCCCGGAAUUCCGGCCGGGAUCAGCCCUGGGAUCAGCCCUGGAAUUCCGGCCGGGAUCAAUCCCAGGAUCAGCCCCGGAAUUCCGGCCGGGAUCAGCCCCGGAAUUCCGGUCGGGAUCAGCCCCAGAAUCAGCCCCGGGAUCAGCCCCGGAAUUCCGGCCGGGAUCAGCCCUGGGAUUCCAGCCGGGAUCAACCCCAGGAUCAGCCCCGGGAUCAGCCCCGGAAUUCCGGCCGGGAUCAGCCCUGGGAUCACCCCCGGAAUUCUGGCCGGGAUCAACCCCGGGAUUCCAGCCGGGAUCAAUCCCAGGAUCAGCCCCGGGAUCAGCCCCGGAAUUCCGGCCGGGAUCAGCCCUGGGAUCAGCCCCGGAAUUCCGGCCGGGAUCAGCCCCGGGAUCAGCCCUGGGAUCACCCCCGGAAUUCUGGCCGGGAUCAACCCCGGGAUUCCAGCCGGGAUCAGCCCCGGAAUUCCGGCCGGGAUCAGCCCCGGGCUGGGACACGAAGGAAGAAGGGCUGGGGCUCCGUGGCAAUCCGGGAUUUCCCGGGAAUUCCCAGCUCCUGAGGACACUUUGGGGGAAUCCGGGGAUUUCCCGAUUCCAGGAAUUUUUGUUCUUACCUGUGUUGGGAAUAAAAUCCGGUGGUUUAAGGGCA